GAUGUUGAAGCUGUAUGUGGACUUCACGUCGGGCGUAUCCUGACAAGGGAAGAGCGAUCGAGCAUGAAUGGCUUGGCAUUGCGAGAACAUGUAAGGAUGCUUCCUAUUGCUGGUCUGGGCAGGGGUCAGCCAUUGCAAUGCAGUGCAGUCCUUCGUCGUGUUGACUCCGAUGCGGAGCUUGAGUAUCGGGCUGGAGGAUUGGCGAUGCUUCUCCUCGACAUUGAUGGUCAGUGGACUUCCAUAUGGCUCAAUCCUGGAUUUAGCAAGUUCCCAUCGAGCUUUUUCCCCCUCGACUUCGACGCCGGUGAUCUCGAGAUGGCUGGUAUCGAGAAUGACUUUGGUUUCCGUGGCACGCUUCUCCAACUCCAGAUGCACCACGCCCGUCAAGCGCUUGGAAUCGAAAUCGACAUCAAAGUCUGCUGUCGUGUGCCUCGUCCGCCAAGCAUUGUAGUUGGACAGCGUGUUUGGAUCUCGAGGAGCGUGGAUGGUGGCGGCAGCCUCUUUGGCCACAUGGUCUGGUGCUUUUCUGAUUGCCAUGUUGGAGAACGACUUGCAUAACAAUGACAAUGACAAUGCGAAUGAGAAAGUGGUGGUCUGCAGGCCAAGCGAAACGUAGUAUUCAUCGGAACACCAUCGAUCUACUGCCUUUGACCCAGCAUUUACGGGUUGUAGCAGUCAAAGGUGCAGUGUUGGCAGCGCUCCGAGAUGUCGGGAGAAUGGUCGAGAAAGGGAGCUUGUUUUGGUUUCGCUUCUUCGCGUCAUCCACAUCACCACCACAAUCACGCGUCGCCCACGUCGAAACCACUACUAUCAUCAAUAGGAAUGCGCUGAGGGAGGGAACCAAUACAUCGAGCACCAAAGCCGCAAUGCCAGCGACGCGACAGGCUCUGAAGGAGAAGACCAACACGGCGAAAGUCAAUGUACCAGUCUACCCCGAUGAUAGGGACACGGAGGGCCUGGUCAAGGACGCGAAGCCAAAGCGUGGGCGACCGAAGAAGUACAAGCAGAAUGAGGAUGAAUUGGUCAUGGCAGGUGGUUUGGGGCCGAUGAGUGACAAGAGCGCCAGCCAGCCAGCUGAAGCGCCAUUGACCACAGAUGAGCUGGUCGAGAAUAAGACUGCCUCCGCUGCGGCACCAAAGACAAAUACCCGGCCCGCGCGCACUACACGAAAGAUUGUUCAGAGCGAAGCGUCGAGCAAGGUGCUUCAAGGACUGAAAGAACGAAUGGAAGCGACUGCGCGCGGCCAGCGUGCGAAACCACUCGCUACAGCAAUCCCAUCAGACGUGGUGGUAACAUCAUCUGACCCUCUAUCGGUCAAAGACAACGUGCGAACAUCGACCACUAAUGCCGCGGAGCCAUCUGAACCCUCCUUAACACCUUCGCCCCCACCGCCCGGAAAGCUCAGCGCGGUGAAAGGAACUCGUACCUCGAUCAUUCCACCCGCCUCUAUCAUGAAGACACACAAUACUCCACUCGUCGAAAGCAGCAUACUUGCGUUGAAGAACUUCAAACGCAGGCCGCGUCAGCCAAGCAUGCUCCAAAUGGUUCAGCAGAGGACAGCUAGUGCGCGACCUUCUCUGGUAAACGCUACCAACAUCAUUGUGGACGAUAAUGCUGUCGAAGACUCGAGUCUCCUUGAUCUUGACCUGGAUGGCGAGGAUGAAGAUGAAGACGACUUUGCGCCAGAAGCCGAAGGCACUCCCUUGAAUGCUGGUAAAGUCGUGCGAAGCUCCGUCGGGAGGGCUAAGAGGAGAACUUUGAGCCAAUCGAAGGCGCAGGAGAGGCAGUCGAGCUCGUCAACGCAGAAAAAGCGAAAGUCUGAUGAGGCAGACGUGUCCUCUGGAUCGCUUAGCGCUCUCAGAGCGAAAAGGCAGAAGAUGGUGCCUGACUCUCUGCAAGAUGAAUACGAAGCGACUCAACCCGGGCAGGAUGAGCUUGAUGAAGAGAUUGUGAUUAGGUCCUCCACCGCAAGAGCUGACACACCUCAACCAACAUUGACUUCCGACGUUCAAGUCGAGAAUUCACCAUCGGUUUCAACGCCUCCUUCAGAUCCGCCACCAUCACGGCAGGAUUAUCUGGCCAAAGGUGGCAGUUUCAUUGUUCCGUCUACUGAAAGGGAGGACGACGAGGAAGCGGACGUACGGCCGAGCGUUGAACGUGAUGAAGGAGAUGCUGAUGACGAUGUGCCUAAUGCGACCAUGGCCGAUCCGUUGAGCAGCAGCCCACUACAUAACACUUUCAACAAUGAACAAGGUGAAAAAGACUUUAUGCGACCACCGGCCACCCAGAUAUCUCCCGAGCCGGUCAAGAGGAAGUCGAGAGCCAAGUCCAAACCUGUGAAAACCGCAACGCUGCAAUCAAUGCUUCCCAGGAGGAGACGUGCACUCAAACCUCGCCACCGGAAAUCGGAAUUCGAUUUCGAAGAAUCUGACGAAGACUCGGACGCGCCUUUGCAGACGAGCCAUCUCGAUGUUGAUGAAGAUGAACUUGGAGGGAGAAUGCGAAACCAAACGAAAAGCGUGCAAUAUACCGGUCGAAAGAAUGCGUCCACGAAAAAGAGCAAAUCAUCGAAGACGACGCAGACGACAACCAACAAACCCGCCAAAGCCUCCGCCGCCACGAGUAAGAAACAGCAAAAGACGUAUAGUCGCAGACUCGAGGAAUCCGACAAGGAGAAUGAAGGCUCAGACUUUGAGGAUGCCGAAGAGUCCACACUCCCGGAAGUAUGCUUAUCAAUGCAAGAAGUGGUCAAGUCAAAGGAGUUGGAAGCUGCGAAGGCCAAGUUCGCCGACAUUGACGAUUGGGAUAUGGAGUUCGAAUCGAUGAAGUUGGAGAUGAUGAAUCACACCACCGGUGUAUUGCAUCGACGUGAUGGACAUGGAAGUGCAGCGGACAGCUACUAUGGUGGGUAUUUCGUGUACCUGUAG